CAGACGCUCUGGCCCUUUAAACGUGUUACCCAUAAUGCACCGCUGCACAGUACACACAUGUGAGUUGUCAAACAAAACUAGCAAAGAUGCAGAACGGUAAUGUGAACGGAGAGGAGGAUGAAGAGUAUCAGGUCUUCCUUUCUCUGCACAGUCCCGCUUUAAAGGCGGCAAGAAUCCCUCCGCUUUACUGGAAGAGUUUGCAUUUAAAACUUGCCAAUGAGGUGUUUGAUGCUGGUGAAGUAUUUGGGAUUAUGCAGGUGGAAGAAGAUGAAGAUGAGGACAAUGAACGAAAAGCCAAUCCUGAAGCUGAGAUGACUUAUAAAGUGAUUGUGACCAAAGAGAGUGGCCUGCAAGCUGCUAAUCCCACCAGUGUGUUUCUUGUAGAUCACGCCUGGACGUACAGGGUGGAAAGCGCCCGGCAACAGCUGCUGGAGAUUCCUGGACUGCUGAUCCGUAUGGCCAGUCUGAUGGGUCUGCCUUUCCACGGAGAGGCUCCUGAUCCGGACAUCGUGGAUCUGGUCCUGGACAACAUGUGGAAAUACAACCAAACCUAUCAGCUUUCCCAAGGGUCUGCAGAAGAAAAGGUGCCCGUGUGGUACAUCAUGGAUGAAUUUGGAUCUCGGGUUCAGCACUCUUCCCAGCCGACUUGCUGUAUGGCUCCUCUGUUCUACUCUCAGCAACAGAUCGCUUAUUCAGUGCUGUGGCCACUGCAAGACCUGGAGAAUGGAGAUGAGGUGACGCGUGAUUUCGCAUAUGGAGAGGCUGAUGCUUUGGUGAGGAGAUGCCGCCUGUUGCCAUGGCUACCCGAUGACCUUGAGGCCGUGAGCGAUGACAUCCAGGAACCGUCUGACCUUUACUAUGAAACGAUUCUACAGGAGAACAAGGAGAAGCUUCCUGUAGACAUCCAGCCUUAUUGUGUUCCAGAUGGAAAAGUUCUGAAGGUCUACGCUGAGAUGAAGCAGGUUUUAGACCAUCUGAAACAUCCACGUUUCCAAUUCACUGAAAACAAGGAAGAGGCUGACAUAAUCUGGGCCUUCUCCCAUAUCCGAGAUUAUCGGAAACUGAGUGAGGAACGGCCUCAUGUCCUGCUCAACCAGUUCCCCUGUGAGACUGUGCUGACCACUAAAGACUGCCUGGCAUCUGUGGCACGGAGAGCCAGGGGAGGUCAGGGGGCUCUGUGGCUCCCCAAGACCUUUAAUCUACAGACUGAGCUACCUCAGUUCAUCCGACAUUACCAGCAAAGGCAGGAGAGAGGACUGGAAAACCACUGGAUCUGCAAACCUUGGAACCUGGCCCGCGGUCUGGACACACACAUCACGAACAACCUCAGCUACAUAAUCAGACAGCGAGAGAGCACCCCAAAGGUGGUGAGUAAGUAUUUGGAGGACCCCGUGUUGUUUCACCGAGAUGAGGUGGGCAUGGUGAAGUUUGACAUCCGCUACAUGGUGCUUCUGCGCUCUGUGGAACCUCUGCGUCUCUAUGCAUACGACGUCUUCUGGCUGCGUUUUGCUAACAAACCUUUCUCGCUGGAUCACUUUGAUGACUAUCAGAAGCACUACACAGUGAUGAACUACGCCGAAGAUGUGCAGCUCAAACAAAUUCACUAUGAUGAAUUUAUCCCCAUGUUUGAGAGCCAGUAUCCACAGUAUCCAUGGAAACAAGUUGAGGCAGAUGUCUUUAAAGCAUUCUCAGAGCUCUUCCAAGCAGCUUCCUGCCGUCCUGCUCCAUAUGGGAUCUGUGCGUACCCCUCCUCCAGAGCCAUAUACGCCAUUGACCUCAUGCUAAAAUGGGACCAGACUGUUGGAGGAGAACGCGUGAUGCAGCCUCAGAUACUGGAGGUGAAUUUUAGCCCAGACUGUGAGAGGGCCUGUCGUUAUCAUCCCAGCUUUUACGACCACAUGUUCCAAACACUGUUCCUGGAUCAGAUAGAUCAGUGUCCGGUCACUCUGAUUUUAUGACCAACCUGAAUUCCAGCACUAAAAGAACGUCUCGACGUUUACCAUAAAUAAAGAUAACGAAUGCCCCUUUAACAGUGUUUAUGUCACCAGGUUGCUGUGGUCUGUGUAGCAGUUACACAGAUGAAUCACUUGGAUUUUCCACUCCUGAAUCUUUGAUUUUAAUGUCUACUUGAAAAAUUCAGUAUAAUGAACAGAAACCGAAUGAAAUGAAGCAAAAGGUGUUGUACUGAUCAUCCAACAAGAAUAUACAUUACAUCAUAUGGAAGUCAUGUUAUGGAAAAGAACAGAUGUGUGUCCUGUAACGGCAUAUUCCCUCCACAAUCUCUAUUCCAUCCUGCUUUCCAAGAUCAAUACAUGCAUGCAGAGUACAUGAUGAGUUACAAAGAACAUAAAUGGAAAAGAGAGAUAAGAGUUCAAGCUGAGAGCCUAUUUUCUUACAAUAAUCAUAGGGAAAUUGCCUCCAUAAUUUCUAAAUAUUUAGAUGAGACCAAAGGCUCAAUGUUUGAACCCGUCAGCCAUUGUUGGUAGAUGUUGCAGAAAUACCAUCUGGUUGGAAAGAACAUUUUUCUCCAUUAACCACCAUUUUAUUAUGAACAUAUCUACAGAGUUAUUAAACUUUUUGCAUUAAGAAAUGUUAUUGUUACAAAAAGCCAUAACAUGUCAAAUGUAUUUAUUGUUAAUAUCCAGGGAUAUCUUGCAAAUUUGAUUAAUAUUCACGAUUUGACUGAUUCACUGAAAAGAAGAUUCACUGUUGAUUUGGACAUAAACGAAGCAGGUAAAGUUGUUUCCCUUCAUUCAUAGGGUAUCCUACAGGGUAUCAAAAAGUAGAUGGUGAAGGUUAAAAUAAACAUUUCUCGAAAACACGAACAUAUUUAGCAUAUAUAUAUAUAAUAUUAGCAUAGCGAACAAUCAUGCGCAGAUAAUCUGUCCAUCGUGUAAAAUACCCGUCAAUGUGCAGAUCCUGCGGGUCAUCAGCAUAUUAAAGAGCAAUUGGCGGCAAAAUGGCGCCAGCACUAGUGAGAAUUGCCCUCGUUCACACUUCAAAUGGUUGAGACGAUCACCAUCAGCUGGCUGAAGAAUGUUGCGCCCAACCCCCAUUGAGACCCAUAGGGCAUGCCUGAAGGAAAACGAAAAACAGACCGAUUAACUGCCUUUUGUAAAAAAAAAAAAAAAAAAAGCUUGUUGUAAAUUAAAAACGUCUUUUACAAAAAAAAAAACAUACAUCACAGAUUUGAUUACAUCCAUUGAUAGUGCAGUUUCUGGCCUACUUAAACUUUUAUAGGCUACUUUUAUUAAAAGUAUAGCCUAUAAUUCAUUUUAACAAAAUUGAAGGAGAACCAGUCAGACUAAUGAAUGCUGAUAUAAAUCAAUUUUAUUUCUUAAUAGCAGAUAAACAAACAAUAAGGGAGUAAAAUAAUUUGGAAUAAUCAGAAUUCAGAUUUUAAUAAAGAAAAAUAAACUGUUAAAAAUAAUUUCUAAUAUCUCUGAGUAAAAUAUUUUUGCCUAAGAGGAAUAAAGUGGACGAGAGCUCUCUUGCAGCGAGCGAGAGUGCGAGAAAGAGAGGUUUAUGCAAAAGAGACUAACCAGGAAACAUGCACUUCUUAUACACUUGUUUGAUCAGAUAAGCAAGGACAAGUUUCUUAUCGGUAUGAACACGGCCCCUGGGACCUCUUGCGUCCACAGCUGUAAAAUUAGAUAGCAGGCUGUUGUGGUUUUUACACCUUUGGAGCAAAAGGACAGAAAAACAUCUUUUAAUCAUAUUGCUAUGAAAAAUAUUAUACCUCAAUUCACAGAAACAGUGUACUUAUGCAGAUUAGUAUCUAAAUGAAGAUAUUCUUUUGGACAUUAGAUGUGAUUCUCAAAAAUACACUCUGUACUUUAACUCUUACAAAAAACAUCUUGUUGAAUCACAUCUAACAUAAAAGUUUAAAUAUAUAAUAUGUGCAAAGGCUACAUAUAUAUAUAUAAACUGUUAUGUUAGAUGCGAUUAAUCGAUUUGACAGCACUAGUAAAAACACAAGUUGCUAUGACGUACUAAUCAUUUUUUAUGGUAUAUGUUUGUAGAAUAGCCUUUCUGAAGCACUCUAUCUCUAGGGUCCAAGAGUAUUUGGCUGCUCUCUCUCUCUCUCUCUCGUAUAUAAUAUAUAUAUAUAUAGGGUAUGAUUUAAAUGUAUAUAUUCUUUUGACAUGUUUUUAAAAAAUAGUUUAGUUGGCAGUGCGCCACCAUUGAAAAGAAGCCAAGAAGGUUAAUAAAUAACUGUGGGAAAUGGAAUGGGGAUGGGCUUAAAGAAAAAACUGAAUGUACGCCCAUGAAAAAAACUGUAUAAAAGAGAAAGCUGGGAUUGAGGUUGUUAGUCGUACAGCUGGCAUCUUGGCUUUGUUGAGCUUUGACAUGUGGAACUUUUUGACUUGAGAGAUUUUUGGGAUAAAAUAAGAUUUUCCUACAACAACAGCUGCAGCACACACAACAGUGAUGGGCGGAGGAUGUCUUAAGACAGCCCCUUCUUUUGUCAUGGACUGUCUGAAUCAGCACAACAUGUGCGUGGGUCGCGCCCUCAGAACGCGCAGUGAGCUCCAUCAGCUCUCAUCUUAACUCUGAUGAGGAUUAUGGAUGUGCGAUAGACGGUUUUGCAAGUUUGAUGCAACGCGCUAAAACCAAGAGCUUCUGGGAUUCUCGUGCGGAUUAAAUCUUUUGUUUGGAUUAAUUGAUUGUUUGGAAGUUUGGAGACCCAAAGCGGACACGGAGUCGAUGUCGGAGAUGCACUGUAAAUUAACACUUAUUGCAUAACUCAACAGUUUAAGAGCAACCCCAUUGAGGAACCUUUACCAUGCAGGGAUAUGUAUGGAGUUCAAAUCAACGUCCCCCGCCAAACUAUCAAGAACGUGCUCCACCUCAGUACCAAGAACGUGCUCCCCCUCAGUAUCAAGAACAUGCUCCCCCUCAGUACCAACAAUACCCACUUCAGUACCAAGAUCAAUUCCCGCCUGAUUACCAAGACUUCAGAAAUGAUCAACCCAAUAUGUUCCAGGCACAGUUCAACACCCAAUUUGCUGCAAAUCAUUGCAAAUCAAAAAACUUUAGACCAAACAUGCAUGGAUAUAAUACACAGACAAACCGGGCCCAUCCCCAGUACCCGUGUGCUGCCUCCAACACACAGCAGCACUACCCAUCUGAAAACCCCAACACAUAUAGGUGUUAUGCCCAAUUUGCCAUGCAAUCAAACCCUUCCUCCCCACAGAACUACAGAAACACAGGCCACAAUCAAGCUCACAUGUAUUGGUCUCCACAGUCAGACCAUGGCAGCUCUGUGGGUAACAACAGGGGUUGGAGUUCCCACACUUCCAGUAAUGGCAGCUCUUGUUCCAUGAACAAUCAGCAACAACUUCAACCUCCUAGAACAGCUCCUCGUCAUCAUCAACAACAUCAGUUGUCUAGACAACACUCAGGCAAACAACAUAAUAUGCACCACCGGACACAAGGACACCGCCAACAAUCCUCUUCUUGGGCCCAUAACAAUGGAGUUUCCCAUAGAAUUUCCAACAAUCAAGCUCCGAGCCGGACCACGGCCAGUUAUACCUCAUGCAACCUUACGACACCACCUUCUGGAGCACAGAGUGACAUUUCAUUGCCUUCCAAUAACUUAAACCAAAGUCCUGUUAACCAGAACCAGCCAGAACUGAGGUCAAAUAUAGGUCCAGCUGUAUCGACAAUCCAGUCUCAGAAUAACCAAAGCACUGGGCAACAGUCUCAAGGCACAAACUGUGGGACACAUAACGUUAAUGAAACCUCUCAAAUGACACGGACCAAUGAAGCCCAGCCUCAGCCUCACUCUAGAUCUUAUGUUAACACGCUAAUAUAUAGAUUACUGUGUUCAAAUGGCAACGAACAAGCAAAUAAGCAGCAAUCAGUUGAAGGAAUUGCACACCAGAACACUUGUUCAGAACAGUCGGAGGUUUGUGCAACCAACAGGACUGACCAACAUUCAAAGGAACCUUCUUCUGAACCUAGUGCACGGUGUACAGUUGAACCACCCAGUAAAAGAAUGAAGUAUGAUGUGGUUCAGAGAGACUAUUGGAACAAAGAAACAAGUGUGUCCAAAGAUUUUGGAGCGCAAUCUGUCCGACCUGGUAGCCAUCAGACAGGUAGCAAUGAGAAAAGACCUAAAGGAAUGAGUCUACACAGCAUACAGUACAGUACGGACCCAGCGGACUGUCUUGAAGCGGUGUUUGCACUACAGAAAGUCUCUCAGCAAGUUCACAAGGCCAUAGCCAUCGUUCCACCCAUUUCCCAGCAGACCUCAAACACUGCACUGGUGGCUGAUACCAACCCAAAAAAAGCUGACAGUCCACCGUUAAAGAUUGAUUCCGUUUGGACACUUGUUGAAGAGUCUGAUGCACAAAAAACUGUAAAUGACCAGUUGCCUGAAUCCCCUUCACCAACGGCUCAACAAGAGGACAAAAGCCUUGAAAUUGAGACUACAAGCAACAUUGCAGACUCUGAUAGAUGCUCUACUAGCCCAGUUGAAUGUCAAAAUAAUGCUCAACAAGGUGACGGUGAUUCAAGUGAUGCUUCAUUAGACUUGUCCAGUGUGCCAGUGGUUAAGUACACACUGGAGAAACUAAUGGACUUAGUGAAGUCUUUAGAGAUAGCGGAAUUAUCAUCCAGAUAUCCAGAUGAAUCGGAGAGCUUUUUUAAUAGGAUCUUGAAACUCUAUUGGAAUGGGAGUCAAGACAAUCUUGUGGAGGCAUUGAAAUCAUUUAGAAAGGAGGCAGAGCGGCAUUCAUCUGUAGAUAUCGUAUGGGAUUAUGAGUCUGUGGUAUUUGAAAGCAUUGAAACCGAAAACCUAAAGAAGCUUGCUCAUUGCGACGUUCUCAACAAUGAGAUGUAUUCAUCGUCUGAGGAGUUCAGGUCUUCUUGGUUAAAUGUUGAUGGACAGCCAGCUGAUAUUGAAAAGGUGCUUUCAGAACCACUGUUGGAUGACAUAACUGUGAGCAAGGCAACAUCACAGGUAUUUUCAGAUAAGACUGUUGUCACGUCAACCAAUUUAGGUGCGAAUUCCCACAAAGUCAUGCCUGAGGUUUCAUCCGCUGAGAAAAGUGCAAGACCAGACAUGUGUAGUCCAGCAGCUCUUCUCAAACCCCAGUCAAGAAAUGACAGGGAGGAAAUGGCCACCGAAAACAAUUGUCAUUCAUAUGCAGGGCUGUCUAGAAUGACAUAUCUGAGCAGCGUCUCCAGUGAGAAAGAAACAUUCAAGAAGCAAGUGGACAUCAAUCAAAACCACAAUUUUAACACAAAACCUUCAGAUAACUCCCCAUUAGCAGAAAGAUCUACAGUAAAACUUACAGACUGCAGCAAUGAAAUAGAAGUAUUCAGACAAGAUCAUUCUGAGCGAACAUGUCAUAAUUUGUCUGUGUCAGAAUCACUUCCUCUGAGCCCUGGAAACAGUGUUUCAGAUGGUGUAAAAAACUCUGACUUGUCUUUUUCUACCGAGACUCUUUGUAAUUCUAAGGAUACAUGGCAGAUAGAAGAUAUUUCUGAUGAUGAAAAUCCAGGCAAUAAAGAGGCUCUUAAUAACUCUUCAGACAUUGGGCUGGUAGAGGAUAUUUCAGAUGCUGGAAAUUCUGGAAAUAAGGAGGUUCUUCCUAUCUCCUCAGACACCUCACCGGUAAAAGAUAUUUCAGAGGAUGAAAAUACUGGAAAUAAGGAGGUUCUUAAUAACACCUCAGACACCUGGCCAGUAGAAGAUAUUUCAGACGCUGAAAAUUCUGGAAAUGAGGAGGUUUUUCCUAACUCCUCAGACAUCUGGCUGGUAGAAGAUAUUUCAGAGGAUGAAAAUACUGGAAAUAAGGCGGUUCUUCCUAACUCCUCAGACACCUGGCAGGUGGAAGACAUCUCUGAAGAUGAGAAUCCAGGCAAUAAGGACACUUGUAUUAACUCCUCAGACAUAUGUGUGGAGGAAGAUGUUUCUAAUGAUGAAAAUUCAAGCGAUUCCUUGUUAAUGGAAAUCACAGUGCUAUCAUCUGAAGAUGCUAAAACAUUUUUCCAACAGUUGGAAAAUGAACCUGAAUGUGGUGUCAAAACAACUACAUCAACAUUUGACUGCCCGGAUCUUGUAGCGUGCUUUGAUGCACCCAGUCAGCCUAACCAUGAGUACAACAAAGCAGAUACUUGCUCUCUCUGUGGUACCAAAAUUACGAUAUCCAAUUCCACAAAUGCGAUGGACAAUGAUGGUGAUCAUUUCUGCUCCCAGUGUUGGGAACAGGCUCCAUUGCUUGAGCUAGAAGAGGAGCCAUGCUCUCCUGUGAAAAAUGAGGCUGAUGUACUGGGCUCUCCUGCUAAAUCCAACAAACAAGGCCAAGACUGUAGUCCGCCAUGUCUUAAACUGGAAGUCAAGGAUGUGGCUUCAACAAAGGAAUGCAUUGUGUAUGAAAGGCUGACAGGACAAAAAAGUGACUAUAUGGUAAGAUUAGGACUGGUACAAAAUUCCCCAACUCUUGAACUGAAAGUCAAGGAGCUAAAUGUUACUUCACCAGAGACAUGCACUGUGGACGAAGGACAGAAAAGGGACAGUAUUGUAAAAUCAGAACUGGGGGAAAAAUUUUGUCCACCAUGUCUUGAUUUGCAAGUCAAGAAGCCAGCUGUUGCUUCACUAAAGGAAAGUAUUGGAAUUAAAAGACUGUCUGGACAAAAAUGUGAAGGCAUGGUAAAAUCAGAACUAGGACAAACCCGUAGUCCACCACCUCUUGAUCUAAAAGUCAAGGAGCUAACUGUUACUUUAUCAAAGAAAUGCAUAGCAGAUGAAAAAAGAGACUGUAUGGUAAAAUCAGAACUGGGACAAAAUCAUAGUUCACCAUCUCUUGAACUGAAAGUCAAUAAGACAACUGUUGCUUCAACAGAGGAACGCAUUGAUGAUGAAGGACGGACAGGACAAAAAAGUCAAAGUUUGUUAAAGUUAGAACCGAGACAGAAUUGUAGUCCACCAUCUCUUGAACUGCAAGUCAAGGUGCCAAAUGUUUCUUCUCCAGAGGAAUGCACUGAAAAUAAUAAAAGAUUGACAGGACAAAAAAGAGACUGCAUGGUAAAAUCAAAACUAGGUCAAAAUUGUAGUCGACCAAAUCUUGAACUAGAAGUCAAUGAGCCGACUGCUGCUUCAACAGAGGAAUGUACUGAAGAUGAAAGACUGAUGGGACAAAAAAGUGAAAGUUUGUUAAAAUCACAACUGAGACAAAAUUGUAGUUCAUCAUCUCUUGAACCGCAAGUCAAGGUGCCAAAUGUUGCUUCCCCAAAGAAAUGUAUUGCAGAUGAAGGACUGGAAAAAUCAGUGACACAGAAAGUGCCUGAAAUUCAGAGGCCAGCUGAACAGGAGCUAACCAAGAUUCAACCAAAUAAGCAGAAAAAUGAUAAAACAGAGAAAAACAGAUUGGCCAAGCCCCAACUGCUCUUCAAAUGCAACAAACCACCUCUCAAAAAAUCUGCCUUUUUUAAGCAUAAGCUAAAAUCUGGUAGCACUAGGACUGGUUCUGAUGAUUCUGUGCUUUUCACUCCAGAUAUUGUGGUUAAAAAGAACUUGCCACAAAAGAAAAAAAAUCUCAAACGCCCUAGUGGUGAGAGUCAGGACUGCAGCAAGGUGAAAAAAUUCAAAGAACAUAGGCAAGAAAGACAAGAUUAUCCUGACAGAACCUCACAGGACCAUAGAGAAACCCUACAGAAAGUUACAGAGAAAGUGCCCGGUCAUUCAAAUGACACGACACCCCACGGGUCAAAAAAGAAGCUUGAGCUGCGUGGCAUUCUGUCAGUGAAUAAAACUAAAACAAUUGAGCCAAAGAAAGUGAGAUUUGAUUUAUAUGGAUCCAACAGAGAAAAACAGAUCUAUGCUCAUGAGCGGCGUUUUUCAGCCCCUGCUAGCUUAACGGUCUCUGAUACUUGCAAAGACUAUACCGAUGUGCUCUCUGCUAAACAAAAAGUUCUCAACCAGUGGAGCAGCACCUUCAUACCUAAAACAAAGAGCUUUCAUCCCAGGUCACCACAGGAGGGAGCACCACAGAAGAAAAAAACACAGAAAACUCAGGACCUCUUAAAGUUAAGCAUUAGUGCAUUAAAAAGCCAUUUGACUCACAGAGCAAAGCUUCAAUCCAGUAGCGAGAAAGAGACAAAUCACUUUAGAAAACCAGUAUUUCAUCGAAAUCUUACAAAAACACUAAGCGGCUAACCUAGUUGCUUUUAUUAUGUUUACUUAAAUAUGUUUACACAUAAUAGCUGUUGCUGAAAUGUGUGACAGUUUUCUGUUGAUGACAAUGAUGGAUGUUGUUUUUUUGUUUUGUUUUGUUUUUUAUUGUUACUGAAAGCAAAAUAGAAAACUUUAUUUUUCUAAGGUGUUAUUGUUUGUAAUAUACUCCACUGUAUGUCACUGAAAAUGACUGCAAUCAGUGUUAUUUUAUAAGAAUAUUUUUAAUAACUAUUUUAAGUACUUCUUGAUGAUGUUACAUAGUAUAAAAUAUAUUUGUAUUUGGAAAUACAAGACAAUUUACUGGAAAGGCAGUUGUGUCACUUAAUAAAUGUUUUAAAUGA